AUGAGACACAGAUUUGCCGAAGAGCUGGGCGCGGAGAUCGGGGACGCCAUCCAGCGCGAGGCCGAGGAGACGUCCAUGAUCCUCGUGGUCGGCGCGACGGGAGCUGGCAAGAGUCACUUCAUCAACUCGAUUGUCCCGGGGGCAUGUGUGACCUCGGCGAGACUGGGUUCAUGCACACAGGAGCCCGCCGCGAUUUACACGAGUUUCGACGGCAAACCCCUGAUCCUGAUUGAUACGCCCGGUUUUGGGGACACAAGAAACCGGCAUGGACGGUCGGACGCCAUCAUCCUGAGCGAGAUUGCCCGGUUGAUCGCACUCCAGUCUGCAAUGGGGGUGCAAAUGAAAGGGAUCAUAUACCUGCACGACAUCUUCUCCGCCAAGAUGACCGCGGAAGGAGUCCGGCAGCUCGAGCUGCUGCAACAUAUCUGCGGGGAAACCUGCUGGGACCACGUCACGUUCGUGACCUCGAAGUGGCCCGAGGAAGCCAUCCAGCAGGUGUUCGAGCUGGGGACCAAGGAAAGCGACCUCCGACGGGACUUCUGGCGCCCGAUGCUGCGCAAGAAAGCGAAGAUGUUCCGUUUCGAGAACACCCGCGCCUCGGCCGAGACGAUCCUGCGCUCCCUGAUGUCCCAAGCCCCGGUCAAGUUUGCACUACAGGAGGAAAUGGACAGUGGGAAGACGCUGGCGGAGACGACGGCCGGCAAGUUUGUCGUCGACACGAGGGAACGGGAUGAGAGGCGGAUUCGCGCGCUGAAGGAAGGGCAACCAGCCACCGCCGCGGCAGCAACGCCGGGUUCUUCCACCAGAGCUGCUGCGGUCGCUGAUGAUGACGACGACGACGUGGACAAACUGUACGAGCAUAUCGAAAGCCGUAGACGAGCCGAGAAUGUGUUGGAGGAGGACGUCAAUGAAGAGGUAGAAAAGGACUUGAAGACGAAAAUGAAGGACUUCUUGAAGGGCGGCAAGAAGCCCUCGGUGGCGACGAUCCUCAGCCUACUGAUAGGGUUGAGUUCGUUUGCCAUCAACUUGAUAACAGCCUUAGCAUGA